CAAUCCGAAACCAAGGACCCCGAAAAUCACGCAAGAGCAAAGUAAAAAUCCACUUCAAUAAGUAUAACAUACCCUAGGUACUCACCAUGGCUACGACAUCACCCCCUUACCACCCUCGCGUCGGCAUAGCGGCCCUGAUCCGCGAUUCGCAGGGCCGAUUUAUUAUGGGGAAGCGGAAGGGCAGCCACGGCGCAGGUACCUGGCAGUUCCCCGGCGGGCACUUGGAAAUGGGGGAGUCGCUGCUGGCGUGCGCGGAGCGCGAGACCCUGGAAGAGACAGGGCUUCGGGUUAAAGCCCUGCGUGUCGCGGCUACGACGAACUCGGUGUUCGACCCGGAGACUAAGCACUAUGUCACGGUGUUUGUGGAGUGUCGGAGGGAGAACGAGGAUGACCAACCGGAGCUCCUGGAACCAGAGAAGUGCGAGAAUUGGGACUGGAUUAGUUGGGACCAGGUACUCCAGUGGUCUGAGCAUCAUGAUGAUGAGGUUACUCCGGAAUGGGCGCAGAACAAGUGUUUCAUGCCUAUUUUAGCCUUGGUAAACGAUUAUCCGAACUUCGGUUCUUCUACCGAGAAGUAAUGAUCCUGGGCUGGGAUUAUCCUACAUAGCUGGUAGUCUUAAUAUUUCUAUCAUUUCUCGCAUUGAUACCUCGGGCA